CAUGAGUUCAUCAGACACGACUCGACCGCUCUCUGGUGGUUUGUGCUGAUUUCACUGAGGCCAUCGAGGACUGGCUCCAUUUCUCCCUGAAAUUCCGAACAGGACGAAGUAGCAGAAAUGUAAUAUACUAUGAAUGUUUUUUCAUACAGCCACUGCGUUACCAAUGUGCCAAAAAGUCAACCCUCUGAUCACCCGACAAGGACUAGUCUACAGUGCGGCAGCGUCUGUGCGAGGAGGGAGCACAAAGUGGUCCAGGAAUAUGCGCGGAUCCUUGAGGUCAACUGAAGAAAACCUAUCCAAGACUCAGAACUGUCCUUGAUGACACGCUCUUGGUCAGACUGCCAUCCCAAAUGGAAGUGCCAUCAUAGACACGCAGUACUGUGGCUCGAACUGCUGCACAGUCACUGGAGCUGCACAGUUGGAAGAAGUAUUUCAGCCCUCGGUUGGACCUGAUGGUGGACAUGGGUUCCCAGGCUCUUCAGAUAUUGCGACAGGGUGUGUGGGCCUCACUGACUGGAGGCUGGUAUGUGGACCCCCAUCAGAGCACCUUCUCCAAUUGUUUUCACCUCUACCUUUGGAUAUUUCUUCUGGCCUUCCCUUUUCUGCUAUACAUGGCUCUCCCCCCCAGCCUGUUGGUGGCAGGGGUGUAUUCUGCCGUGGUAGCCGUCUUUUUCACAGCCAUUAAAGUGGUAAACUUCAGGCUUCAUGCCAUGUUCGACCUCGGGGAGAUCAUAGAGAAGAAACAGGCCUCGCUCACUGCCGACGCUCCAAGAACAGAAGACGGAGACGAAGGUUCAGGUGUUCAUGACGGGAAUCAGCACAGGGACAGUCAUGUUGGUGUAGAAAUGACGGUGUUUCGAAAAGUCAACUCAACACCACCUGUGCGCUGUAGCUCCCAGCAUUCUUUGUUUGGGUUGAACCAGGUGUCGGAGUUCCUGCCUCAGCUGGAGGAUUCAGGGGGCACUAAGGAUAUCAAAGAGUUAAUGCGGGAACAAGGAAGCAGUAAUGUGAUUGUUACAUCAGCUCACCGUGAGAUCCUGCGUCAGACCUCACUGGACGCCAUCCGGGGCGCCAGUGUCAUCCAGUCCUGUCUACCUGUUGGUCUUGGAGGGGAUUUCUCCGGUCUUAUUGGUGUACCUGGAGCAUCAUCUGGGUUUGGAGAACCACCAGAAUGUGUGUCCAUCCCUCCUUCACCCUCCAGUCAGGAGGACGGAGGCGAGAAAGAACACUUCCAGGAAGUGGAGCAGUUGCCAGGGCAAAUGUCUUUGAGGAACCCUUUGGACGAUGGGUUGGGGGCUUAUUCUCCUCUCUGUCCUUCUGCUGAAUCUGAGAGCCUGGGGGACACGCCCCUCAGCCCGCUUAUAAAGAGCAGUUUGAGUGAAGAGCUGAGUGAAAAUCUCCUAGGACUCGGCCUUGACCCUGUGGCGUUUGCUCCUGGGACUGAACACCCGGGCAGCCGCAGCGGCGUGGCACUGACGGCCGGAUCCACCGACAGUUGUUUCAGUGGGGGGGGCGCCACCACGGACCGCGAGACGCUGAGUACAGUUAGCAGCUAUCGCAGUGAGAAGACAGACUCUACGCAACUGGAGAGCCCUUCGUUGAGCCACUCGCAGCCCGCUGACGGACAGCCGUCGGCCUCGGCGAAAACUAAAGGGCCGAACGCCUCCGAGUCGAGAGAAGACCCUUCUGGACAGGGUGGGAGCGACACAGACAACCUGUCAGACAGUGUGUUGCUACGUUCACCUUCCAAAGACGUUUCUUUCAGCCAGGGGCUGGACAGGACACUUGUUGAAGACGAGGAUUUGACCCCAGUACCUUCUGACGUUGCACAGCCCCCUCCUCCUCCUCCUCUUCAGAACUCGUCCCCUUCAAGUAGUGGCCAAUCAGAGGUUUGUGAUUUAGACAAAAGCGUCCCACUCCCCCCUCUCCCCCCGCCGCGGCAGGCCAACUCCGUGCCCUCAGGGCUGGCCCUGGGUCUAGUUUGUUCCGAGCCGGCCUUGCCCAUAUCCUCGACCCCGUUCCUGUUGUCCGACCAGCCCGCUCUACAAGCCCAGCAGGUUGUCCGCCCCAAAGACUUGAAGCUGCUGCGGGCCAGUGGCAGUAGCGUGGGCCACAGACCGGGCCGCAGGAAAGCUCCACGGAGGCGGGCCGGAGCGGGGAGCAGCAGUUUCGACUGCGGCUCUUACAGGCGUCACCACAAUCACAGGCAGCACAGAGAUUACAUCCCGGUGCGAAGCCGACUGGGCGCCAAGGCCUACAGUGAAAGUCUGUUUGAGGAUUCUAGUGAUGAAGAUGACGGCAGUGACAUGAGCGCCGGGUCCAGUCUGGGCUCUCAGCGCCGAUACAGUUCAGAUGACGACGAUGACGACUCCAGUUCCUCUACCUCCUGCUACUCCCCAGACCUCGCUAACACUGGCAUAACUGCCCCACACCCUGCUGCUGCUGCUGCUGCCCAACCACCCACCCCAGGGGAAGGGGAUUUAUCAGAAACUGCUGGGCCCUCUCAUUCUCGUGCUGCUCAGCGCUCUUCUAGCACCGCUAGCGCAAAGACUCACGCCAGAGUGUUAAGUAUGGAUGGAGCAGGUGGAGGCCAGGGCAACGCUGCAGCUCAGCCUUCUACCCUGCUCUCCAUGCCCUCCACCUCCACCCCCGCGCCUCGAACUCUCACCGUCUCAAAGUCUGAUCUGGAAGCCCGCACUCUUCAUAACGACGUUUUUCCUGGAACUCUUCAUCAUCGGCUGGAUUCUCUAGGGGGCUCCUGGACGGGCAACCAGAUGGGCUGGAGGGCAGGAGAGCUGGUUGAAGAGGGAGCUGUGGGCGGAGCCUUGGUCCCAGAGGACGGAAGUAAACUGGACUCAGUGCGAAGUGUGAAGAGGACGCAGGCCAUACGCAGGAGACACAACGCUGGAAGCAACCCUACACCGCCCCCCUCCACCAUGGGAUCUCCUCCCAGCUUGCAGGACCUCCAGCGCGCUCGCACCUCUUCUCACUCCCGAACACGAACGCUCCCCUCGGCCUUGCAGUUCGCCUCGUCGCUCCUCCUGCCUCGCAGUGGGAUCCACGAAGCCUCCACCUUCGACGACACGUCAGAAGGAGCCGUGCACUAUUUCUACGACGAGAGCGGUCGGUCCAUCCUCUCCACCUCCACUGAGGUCCAGGAAGGGGCUCCGGUGCUGUCCAUGCUCCAACCCAGACCGGUGGUCCUGCAGGGCAUGCAGGUGCGCAGGGUGCCUUUGGAAAUGCCGGAGUUUGAUCUGGAUCACGAGUCUCUACAAGAGUCGCAGGAAAACACUCUGAUGAUCGAAGAGAAAAGCAAACCCAAACAGUACUAUCGCUUCUGGGUGCUCCCUGGGAAGUGGCUGAGGGUUCGAUACGAUCGACUGGCUCUGCUGGCCUUGUUGGACAGGAACCGUCGUGCAGGUGAGAACGUGUUUGCCGUGGUGCUGGCCAGUCUGGUGGCCUUCCUGGGGUUCCUUCUCCUGCUCCAGGGCUUCUUCAGGGACAUCUGGGUGUUCCUGUUCUGCCUGGUCAUCGCCAGCUGCCAGUACUCUUUACUGAAGAGUGUCCAGCCAGAUGCAGCUUCUCCUAUGCAUGGCCAUAACUGGAUCAUCGUGUACAGUCGACCCGUCUACUUCUGCCUGUGCUGUGUGAUGAUCUGGAUCUUCGACCUCUCCGGUCGCUCUGGAAGUCUGCAGCCUUUCUCCCUCUACGGAGUCACCUUCUUCUCUGCACACUUCCUGCUCUGCGUCAGAGACAUGCUCAUCGUCCUCGCCCUGUGUUUCCCCGUCAUCUUCCUUUUCGGGCUGCUACCUCAGGUCAAUACUUUUGUGAUGUGUCUGCUGGAGCAGAUCGACAUGCAUGUUUUUGGUGGAACCGCCACCACCAGCCCCCUCUCUUCACUCUUCAGCCUCAUCCGCAGCGUCCUGGUGGCUGCUCUCCUCUACGGAUUUUGUCUUGGUGCUAUCAACGCACCCUGGGGGGAAGCUCAUGUGCCAGUCCUGUUCUCGGUGUUCUGCGGCCUCCUCCUGGCCUUAUCCUACCACCUCAGCCGCCAAAGCAGUGAUCCCACCAUCCUGUGGUCACUGGUCCGAUCUAAAUUAUUCCCCGAGCUGGAGAACCGCACACCAGAAGAACCCCCUGUGGAGAUCAAGGAUCCUCUGCCUGAGAAGCUGCACAACUCUGUGAAAGAGAUUCUUCAUUCAGACCUGGUCAUGUGCCCCCUAAUGGCUGUCAUCACCUUUGCCAUCAGUGCCAGCACAGUGUUCAUCGCUCUGCAGCCUGCCCUCAGCUUCGUCUUGUACAUCCUGGCUGGAGUUAUUGGCUUCAUUACGCACUAUCUUCUGCCGCAGCUCCGCAAACAGCUCCCGUGGUUUUGCCUGGCUCACCCCGUGCUCCGCUCUAAGGAGUACAGUCAGUUUGAGGUCCGAGAUGCUGCUCAGUUGAUGUGGUUUGAGAAGCUGUACGCGUGGCUCCAGUGUGUGGAGAAAUAUUUCAUUUACCCGGCGGUGGUGCUGAACUCCCUGACAACAGAGGCUCGGACCAUCGGCCAGAACCACAAGGAGCUGGACAUCUACAGCCGAGCGCUCUUCAUCUCCGUGGCGGGCAUGAAGCUGCUGCGUUCCUCCUUCUGUGCACCUUCACAGCAGUACGUCACGCUGUGCUUCACCACGCUCUUCUUCCACUUCGACUACCCGCACUUCUCAGAGACCUUCCUCAUCGACUACUACUUCAUGUCCAUUCUCUUCAACAAGAUGUGGGACCUGCUGUACAAACUCCGCUUUGUGUUGACUUACAUCGCCCCCUGGCAGAUCACCUGGGGAUCAGCCUUCCACGCCUUCGCUCAACCCUUUGCGGUGCCACACUCUGCCGUGUUGUUCAUCCAGGCCGUGUUCUCUGCGAUUUUCUCCACGCCUCUCAACCCUGUCCUGGGCAGUGCCGUGUUUGUCACGUCCUACACCAGACCGGUGAAGUUCUGGGAGCGCGACUACAACACCAAGCGGGUGGAUCAUUCCAACACCAGACUUGCCACUCAGUUAGACAGGAACCCUGGAGCCGACGACAACAACCUGAACUCCAUCUUCUACGAACACCUGACACGGUCGCUGCAGCACAGCCUAUGUGGAGACCUGCUGCUGGGUCGCUGGGGAAACUACAGCACAGGCGACUGCUUCAUCCUGGCCUCGGACUACCUCAACGCUCUGGUGCACAUCAUCGAGAUCGGCAACGGCCUGGUCACCUUUCAGCUGAGGGGUCUGGAGUUUAGAGGUACCUACUGCCAGCAGAGGGAGGUGGAGGCCAUCACUGAGGGGGUGGAGGAGGACGAGGGCUGCUGCUGCUGUGAACCCGGUCACCUGCCUCACAUGCUGUCGUUCAACGCUGCCUUCGGUCAGCGCUGGCUGGCCUGGGAGGUGGCGGCGACCAAGUACGUGCUGGAAGGUUACAGCAUCAGUGACAACAACGCUGCCUCCAUGCUGCAGGUGUUCGACCUGCGGAAGAUUCUCAUCACUUACUACGUUAAAAGCAUCAUCUACUACGUGAGCCGAUCUUCUAAGCUGGAGGAGUGGUUGGCUAAUGAAGCCGUUCAGGAGGCUCUCAGACCCUGUCUUGGACCCAACUACGUGGACAGUGACCCCACCUUCAACCCAAACAUUGACGAGGACUACGACCACCGGGCUUCUGGCAUCACGCUCUCCUCAUUCUGUAUGAUUUACCUGGACUGGAUCCAGUACUGCAACAGCAGACGACAGACGCCUGUUACCUGUGAAAGAGAUUCUCCUCUGGUCAACCUGUGCUUUGGUUUGUGUAUCCUGGGAAGAAGAGCUCUGGGCACUGCCUCCCACAGCAUGUCUGCCAGCCUGGAGCCCUUUCUCUACGGACUUCACGCUCUCUUCAAGGGAGACUUUCGCAUCACCUCUCCAAGAGAUGAAUGGGUUUUUGCAGAUAGAACUUUGGUUCAGAACGUGGUACACCUCUUCAUCCCUCUGGGUUUUCUCUCCUCCCAGGAUCACUUCACAUCUCCAGACGAGUACGAAGAUCCCAUGGUUCUCUACGACGCCAUCACGUCCAACGAGGAGAAGAUGUUGAUCUCACACGAGGGAGACCCCGUGUGGCGCAGCGCUAUCCUCGCAAACAUGCCUUCGCUGCUAGCCCUCCGUCACAUCAUGGACGACGGCAGCGACGAGUACAAGAUCAUCAUGUUGAACAAGAGGUUCCUCAGCUUCAGAGUCAUCAAGGUGAACAGGGAGUGUGUGCGCGGGCUGUGGGCGGGGCAGCAGCAGGAGCUGGUCUUCCUGCGGAACCGUAACCCGGAGCGUGGCAGCAUUCAGAACGCCAAGCAGGCCCUGAGGAACAUGAUCAACUCCUCCUGCGACCAGCCCAUUGGUUACCCCAUCUACGUGUCCCCCCUCACCACCUCCUACGCCGGGGGCCACGGUCAACUGAGGUCUGUGUGGGGGGGUCCUGUCAGCCCACACAACAUCUACACCUGGCUGAUCAGCAGCUGGGACAGGCUCCAGAAAGGCUGUGGCGCGGGCUGUAACAGUGGAGGAAAUAUUGAAGACUCAGACUGUGGUGGAGGCUCCGCCUCCAUCACCACCAACCCAACCAUCCACACCACCCAGAGUACACCUGCCUCCAGCCUGCCCCAACCACACAUCACUACACUCCAGCCCUCCAUGGGUACUGACAACCCGGUCGGCCCGACCCAGAGCUGGCCACACCAUUCUCAGCCUCUCCCGUUAGCCCUCUUCAGCCAAUCGGAGGGCAGGAUGGAGGCGGGUUUGCUGACGUCCUUACAGCGGACCUCCUCCAUCCAGGGUCUUCUGGGUCAGCAGCUGUCCAGCUCCCAGCUCUCCUUCAGCAGUACUGUAGCUCCGCCUCCUCUGCCCGGACCAGAGCGCUUCUGCUCUGCCGGCCUAUUGGAGAACUCGGGUCACAGAUCGGGCCAGCGGGCUGGUCUCGGCUGCAGCGCGCUUCACUACGACAGCCACUUCAGUAAAUGGAGUUUCUCCAGCAGGAAAGGCUUCAAUGGCCCUGCGGCAGCAGCAGAGGGCGACGGAGGAACGGUUCAGACCGUACGUACGCAGCCUCCGGCUCCUCUACAGGAGGUCAGCCCCACGCAGGACCCUCUAGGAGCCACUCAGAUCAUCGACCCCACCCUGCUGACCCCAGGUGACCCCCUGACCCCCAGAGAGGAAUCCACAGAGCUGCCUUUACUUGAGCACCUGCGCUGAGUCUGCACUGAGGGACGUUCCGCUCCAGUGACAUUCUCUGCAGUCAAAUAAGCACACGUGGCCCAGUCGGGACCGGGGUUCUGGCACCACCCGGGCCACACCGGGCCCUCAACCCGGCCUUCAGGGCUCCCUCCAUCAACACCUCCUUCAGCUGACGCGCCGAUUCACAAAUCCUCACUUGCAAUACUGGACGGAUUUGGUUCCCGCUCCUGUUCUCAGCCAGACGGCGUCCCUGAUCCGUCCGGACCGGACCGGACCGGACCUCAGCCAAAGUCAGCUUUCAUCGACGAGCAGGAGCCCGAAACACGGGCCGGUUCUCCUUCUUUUUCCUCAGACCAAGACGUCCAUCUGUCUUAAUGGACGACAGAGAUAGGCCAGAAAGACCAGUGCAAUUUUAGAGGAUAUUUUUGCUGGAGGAUGGUUUUAUUUUUAUACUGGAGAAAAGAGGCUCAUCUCUGACUGGACUCUGUAAACCUCUCCCUCCCCUUCCCUCCCCCUCUGGCUCUCUCUCUCUCUCAUAAUCAACCAGGGGAACAGUGAGUCUCUGCUGUUUGGGCAGGUUAUCAUAUCAUCACUGGACGUUCACACGUGUUAACUGUUUUACUGAGUUCAACCAGUCAGACUCCACAUCACUUCUCCCACGCUGUAAAGGAAAAUAACCCGCCUCCCCCCCCCCACUCUCCCCCCACUCUACCUAAAUGUUAUCCUUAUCCUCUGGCCUACUUUCUGAAGGUGCCUGAAAAUAUCAACACUCGGCAGUUCUGAUUUAGAGACGAUUUACAGGGAAAAUGUUUAAAAAAACAAAAACCAAGCUGGGCCAACCUGAGGUGGUGUAACCACCAGUUUACAGUCUCCUAAAAACCUGGACACGGACGUGGGACAGAGCUGGAAACCAAAGCUGGAUUCCACUCUGUUAAAAAUGUAAAGCCUUUUUUUUAAAGUUUUUUUUUUUUUGGUGGGUGGAACGUUUUUUUUUUUUUUUUUUUUUAUCGGUUUACUUGAAGAAUCACAGGUUCCUCAGUGUUUAAGGGUCACUGAGUUUGUUUUCUAAACCGAGUCUAAACCGACUGACGGUGAAUCUCUGUCUCAUCGCAUCCUUGACUCUCUGCUGCAGCAGCAGCAGCAGCAGCAGCAGCAGCAGGACUCCAGCCACCUCCGUGUGUGUGUGUGUGUGGAGGAGCGCUUGUUUCCUUCGCCUGCAGCUCUGCCGCCGGGCCUCCUCCCAUUACUGUACUACUGCAUCGCUUCUCCAUUUUCCUGCCACCAACUACUACAGUACCCACUACUACUACUGCUGAUCCUAAUCCAGUUCAAUCCAGCGUUUUAGUUGGGUUCAGAUGAAGAUGAAUGAAAACUGAAAGUAAAGAUGGAAUAUUUAUUUGUUUAUUAUUAUUAUUAUCUCACACAUAUUUCUCUGAUCGGGGUUUGUCUAUACAUGGUGUGCUGGUUUAAAGAUGACUCAGAUAUCUGCCCUGCUCUGCCCUCCCUCCUGCCCCCCACUUCGCUCCCUCCCCCAAAAACACCUUCCUCGCCCCCAGUCCUCCCUCAGACCGUCGUCGUAUCAUCUCUCUGGAAACUCCGGGGUUUGUUUUUUUUUUUUUUUCAAACGAGUGACAGAAGGAAGUUCUCCCACGGAGGUUGUUGUGUCAAACAUGGACCACGUAUAAGAAAUGGGCGGAGCUACGACUACCACCAGUCAUGGAUGAGUGUAGAAAACAGAGCUGUUUAAAGUAAAAUUGAUGAUAAAGCAUGGAUGAAAAGACAGAGGUGAUUGAAUGAGGGAGGGUUUUCAAACUCAGGUCAUUCAGGACGAGAGAAACAGAUACGUCAGAAGAAUGUGAUGUUUUUGAGUAGACGGAAAUUAAAAAGAUUUUUUUUUUUCUAAUGCAGAGAUUUAAAACAAAUUACUU